CCCGCUCCCGUCCCGCCUCCAAAAGGCUCCGGCCCGGGCGGGCCCCGCUCACGGCCCGGGACCCCGCACCCAUGGGCGGCUGCCGGGCCCCGCCGCGCCCCGGGGGGACCCCUCGCAGUCCCGGGGCUCCGGGACCGGCCGGCACCGGCGGGGCGCAGCCCGGGGACUGAGGAAACACCGGGAAGAGGCCACGGGAAGCUCGGGAAAUCCCGCGGCAGGAUGGAGAGCAAGGCCGUGGGUCUCCGCACCUUCUCGGAGCGGGAGAACGGAUCCGUCCUGGAUGAGCCCUUCGAGGGACGGAGCCUCUCCAAGAUGAACCUCUGCGAGGACGAUCCCGGCCGGAGGAUGAGACCCUCGGGAUUCUGCGGCCGGAUUUGCUCCGUGGCGGCGCUGAGAUAUUCCGUGGUGGGACUUUACCUCCUGGUGCUCCUCAUCCUGGUGGGAAUCUUCAUCCUGGCAGCGUCCCGACCCCAGGCGUCCCACCAGGACCUGCAGGUUCUGCUGGGGAACGUCCAACGCCUCAACGAGACCUUCCGGGACCUGCAGCUGCAUCUGCUGCACGCGCUGCCCAGCGGGGACCUCCUGGAGCACAUCUGGAGGCUGCAGGACCUCCUGCAGAACCACUCGGACGCGCUGCUCCUGCUGGGCGGCUCUCUCCGCCGGCUGGAGGGGUUCCUCUGGAGCCUCCAGGACCAGGCCGGCCAGGCGGAGCGCUCGGUGGCCCGGCUGCGCGACUCGGUGGCCCGGCAGAGCGAGGCGGCCCAGAUGGAGCUGUCACGGCUCUCGGUGGACACCAACAGCAGCCGGUUGCUCCUGGAGCACCACCAGCACCUCCUGGGCCACCUCGGCGGGCGGUUGGAGGUCCUGGGCGAGCAGGUGGCGGCGUUGGCCGUGGUUGUGGAUUCCAUGAACCGCAGCUUCUCCUACGACGUCCGCCUGCAGAAUUCCCAUCUCCGGGACCUGCGGGAGCUCCUGGGCAACGCCAGCGCGGACGGGCGGCGGCUGCGGGCGGAGCAGGCGGCCCUGGAGCGGCAGCUGAGGAUGGAGGUGGCCCUGCUCAACAACGUCACCGAGGAUCUGCGCCUGAAGGACUGGGAGCAUUCCGCGGCGCUCCGGAACGUCUCCGUCAUCCGCGGGCCGCCGGGACCCAAAGGAGACCGAGGCACGGAAGGGAUGGAGGGACAGCCCGGCCUUCCCGGCCUUCCCGGGCUCCGAGGACUUCCCGGGGAGCGGGGACCGCCCGGCCCGCGCGGAUUGAAGGGGGACCCCGGAGAGCUCGGCCCUCGUGGGCCCGCGGGGACACGCGGAGCCAAAGGCGAGCGCGGCCCCAAGGGGGACAAGGGGGACCCAGGAGCCGCUGGUGGCACCGGCGCGGUGUCGGUACCAUCGGAGGGCGCGCUGCGGCUGGUGAACGGCUCGGGGCCGCACGAGGGGCGCCUGGAGAUCUUCCACGCGCGGCGCUGGGGCUCGGUGUGCGACGACGGCUGGGACGGGCGCGACGGCGACGUGGCGUGCCGCGCCCUCGGCUUCCCCGGCGCCGCCGACGUCUUCCGCAUGGCGCGCUUCGGACAGGGCUCGGGGCCCAUCUGGAUGGACGACGUCUCCUGCGCCGGCACUGAGGCGUCGCUGCCGCUCUGCCCCUUCUCGGGAUGGGGCCGAACCAACUGCGGCCACGCCGAGGACGCCGCCGUGCGCUGCCAAAAAUGGGACUGACCCCAAAAAACACAGGGACCCCAAAAACCGGAGUGACCCCGAAAACCGGAGUGACCCCAAAAACUGGGAGUGACCCUGAAAACUGGACUGACCCCAAAAACCGCAGUGACCCCAAAAAAACUGGGCUGACCCCGAGAAAAUGGGACUGACCCCAAAAACCACAGGGACCCCGAAACCGGAGUGACCCCAAAAACCGCAGUGACCCCAAAAACCGGAACUGACCCCAAAAACGCUGGAGUGACCCCAAAAACCGGACUGACCCCGAAAACUGGACUGACCCCAAAACUGGGACUGACCCCAAAAACGCCAGAGUGACCCUGAAGAAACCAGACUGACCCCAAAAACCAGACUGACCCCUAAAAAAAGGGACUUAUCCCAAAAACCUGACCCCAAAAACCAGGAGUGACCCCGAAAACUGGACGGACCCCAAAAACUGGACUGACCCCGAAACUGGAAUGACCCCAAAAACCAG